AUGGUGAAAGUUCUUCUGACCGGCGGCAGCGGCUUCAUCGCGGCCCAUAUUAUUGAUAUCCUACUUGAACAUGGCUUCGAUACUGUGGUUACUGUUCGUUCGGAUGAAAAGGGACAGCGAAUUCUCGGUGCCCACCCGUCUACUCCCAAAGAGAAGCUUUCCUAUGUGAUUGUGAAGGAUAUAGCUCAAGAUGGAGCAUUUGAUGAGGCCGUCAAAUCGGACCCGCCAUUCGACUAUGUUUUGCACACUGCAUCCCCAUUCCAUAAUAAUGUUCAGGACCCUGUCAGGGACUUCCUCGAUCCCGCUAUAAAGGGAACUACCAGCAUCUUGAAAGCCGUCAAGGCCCACGCACCCAGUGUCAAGCGAGUUGUCGUUACUUCGUCCUUCGCCGCCAUUUUGAACUCCAAGCAGCACCCGAAGCUUUAUAAUGAAACAGUCUGGAACCCUGUUACUUGGGAGGAGGCUUUGCACCCCUCUCAAACUUACUUGGCUAGCAAGACUUUUGCUGAGAAGGCUGCUUGGGAUUUUGUGGAAAAGGAGAAGCCCAGCUUCGACCUUGCAACUGUGAACCCUCCAAUGGUAUUUGGCCCUAUUGUUCACUAUUUGAACUCUCUAGAUGCCGUCAAUACCUCCAACCAGCGUUUCCGUGAUCUCAUCCAGGGCAAGAUGAAGGAACAAAUCGCUCCUACCGAAGUCAUCAUAUGGGUGGAUGUUCGUGAUAUUGCGCUUGCACAUGUCCGAGCUAUCGAGGUGCCCGAGGCUGGAGGCCAGCGCUUCUUCAUUACCGCUGGUCACUACAACAACAAGCAAAUUGUCGAGCUUGCCCGCGAGACGCAUCCAGAGCUCGGUUCCAAACUUCCUCCCCAGGACGUGGAAGGAGAUUUCCCUAACCCUGAGUCCGUCUUUGACAUUGACAACAAGAAGUCAGUGGAGGUAUUGGGCCUGAAGUAUCGGCCACUGAGCCAAACCGUCAAGGAUACGAUUGACUCUUUGUUGGCAGUUGGUGCUUAA